AUGAAGCAGUUCAUAAUAGGGAUUUUAGUUUUUAUAAUAAUAAAUAGUAUAAAUAUAGUAAAAUGUGAUUUUUUUAGUGAUUUUUGGAAACCAGUGUUUUCAAAUGCACCAAGAUUUUCAAGUUCACAAUUAUAUUCAAUAAAUGACAUAGGAUUUAGUGGUUAUAGUGGCAGUGUAAUGGCAUUUGGCGAUUUUAAUGCAGAUAAAUAUUUAGAUACAUUUUUUUUAUAUUCAAAUAAAUCAACAAUCCAAGUAUUUUUAUGGAAUGUUGAAGAAUGGAAAUAUGUCCCAUCAAAUAUAAUAUUAAAUUUAAAUGCAACAGAUCAAAUUGUUAAUAUAGUACCAGGUGAUUUUACAUAUGAUGGAUCUUUAGAUUUAUUGGUACAAUUUACACAACAAAAUAAUGGCGAUAGUGGUCAAACUAUGUAUUUAUUUAUAGGUGACUAUACAUCAAUUAGCUCAAAAGGUGUACCAAUUGCUUCAGGUUUGGACUCACCUAGCGACCAAGUAUUAGUAAUGGAUGCAAAUGGUGAUCUUCAUUUAGAUAUGUUUGGUGUUAAAGAUGGUCAAAGAACUCUUUGGAUGAAUUAUGAAGAUACAUAUUAUGAAAUGCCAGCACCAAUGGCAAACGAAAAUAGUCUCCCAGUAUCGACACCACAUAGUAAUUCAUUUGUAGAUUUGAAUGGUGAUUGCUUAGCCGAUCUCUUCAUUACCACAGCUGAUAAAGAUGGUAAUAUAUUUGGUGAAGUUUGGAUAAAUAAUAAAGUGGAUGGUUAUAGUUUAGAAGUUACAUUACAAUUUCCACCAGGCACAGGCCAAAUUACAUUUGGUGAUUUUGAUAAUGAUGGCGACAUUGAUUUAGUUUACCCAGUUAGAUUUACAAAUGAAUCAGUUUCAGUAAACCAAAUAUUUAUCGUUUUUAAUAGUCAAAAACCAGUUUUUAUAAUUAAAGAAGAUCAAUUUAAUGGAUCAUUAUUAUAUUCAAAUAUUGAAAAUGGUAUACCAUUAAUCAUUCAUUCAGGUGAUUAUAAUAUUGAUGGAUUCCCAGAUAUUUUAAUAUCAUUGGUCGAUCAAGAUGAAACAACACCACAUAUUGAACUUUGGCAAAAUAUACCAUGUACUUCAGAUUUAUGUGACAUGGGUCAAAAGGGACGUACAUUUGGAAGAGUUACAGAUGGUACAGAUGCAUUAAGAUCAAUACCUAAUGCCUAUAGUGCAGUAUUUGUAGAUUUGGGUGAAAAUGGUAUAGCAGAUAUUUUAGUUUGGUCAGGUACACCAAAUAACCAAUCAAUGCAAGCAAUAUUCAACAAUUUUUAUAACGAUGCAUUCUUUUUCAAAACUUUAGGUCUUAAUGGUGUUUGUGCAACAAUGUGCCCAACUGGUAAAAAAUUCCCAGAUCCUAAACCAUACGGUGUUAAUUUCCCAGGUGGUACAUUCAAAUUCACUUAUCAAGAUUUAUCAGGUCGUACCCACAUUCAAAUUGGUGCUCAACUCUACUCUAGUAGUUAUAUGUCUUUACAAACUCCAUACAACUUAUUUGGUCUUGGUCGUACAAGUAAUUAUGUUGAUCAAUUGUUUUAUGGUAUGCCAUUAAAUCAAUCAGUUCACUAUAACAAUUGGGUAGGUACCAUUCCAAAUUCUCAAGUUGUCGCUAUACCUUACAAACCAUCCACCCCAACCUCUUGGACUUUAGAGUUAUUCAUCAAUCCAUCUGGUAUUUUCUUUUGGGUUUUAAUAGCUUUCUUUGCCGCAUUAAUUUUAUUAUCUGGAAUUUGUUUCUUCCUUUAUAAACGUGAAAAAUUACAAGAUAUCAAAAUUAAAAAUGAAAACUCUCAAUUUUAUUUCAAUGCAUUAUAA